AAAAGGAUGAUGUCUCCACUGGAAAUUACAGCGAGAUGGAUGGAUGGACGGACGGACAGACGAUCAAGAUUACUAAAUGACAAAAUGGCUUCAUUAUGGAAUCUAACUGCUUUUACUCUUAUGGUGAUUUUCAUAGAAUAUGGAAACUGCAGUGAUAUCAUGGAGGUGCAAUGGAAUGGAAAAAAUGUCCAGAUCUUUAACAGGCCUACAGCAAUUUUUGGAGAGUCCCAGGAUUGUCUACCAGGUUUCUUCAAAGGUAUAUGGCAAAAUGAAAGUUGCUACAUGUUUGUCUUGACUGGAAUGAGCAGGUCUGAAGCUGCGGCGUUUUGUACUGAAGCUGCAGUAGGAAAUGGUUUAGUGGCAGUUGAAAAUGAGCUUGACCAAUCCUAUAUUGUGGCACAAAUAGUCAUGCAACCAGAAUUAAGAACACCUGUGUCUGAUCCAGCUGAAAACAAUAAUAACAAUUACUGGACAAGUGCUGAAAACAUAAUUGAUGGCACUUGGCGUUGGGGGACAACACAAGCUGCAAUGAAUUACACAAAAUUUUAUGAAGAAAAUCCAUAUGCAAGUGGUUACCUCACACUAUGGGAUAAUACAAGAGAAACCCCACCUUCUUUUUUUGACUGGUGGAUCAUGCCCCAAGGAAGCGCUUAUGCCUUAGUCACAUUUGAUCUACAGCAACCGUUUGGUGGCCCUAGCUUCCAAAAACCUAUAGGGAAAUAUGCAGCAUAA